AUGCCUCGUGCGGCCCAUCCUGCGGCCAACUACAUGUCCAUCUUUGCCGGGUGCGUGCCGCGCCCUGGCCGGGCCGGGUUUUCUGGCCGGUGCCUCGGCACAGCCCUGCUCUCAUUUUCUGGCCAGGGCAACGGAGACCCCCGAGUCACCUCAACCUCAAACUUGCCGCAAGCCGUCACCGGCACCGCCGCCCGCCAUCUCGCCGUGUUCUUCUGCCUUCUCGAAGCCGCGGAUGCCGAAAAGGCCGGCUCGCUCGUCGAGCAAAUCCGCUGCGGUCCCGGCCUGCUCUCCGAGCAGUCCAACAGGCUUGUUCUGCUUUGA